GGAUCAUGCCAGGUAAGAUACAUACAAUGACUAAAAUUUAAGGAAUUUCUCAAAUAGCAUAUGCUCCAAAAUCCCAGUAACUAUAAACAUUCACACAAACACACGCCAACUCGAAAAGCCUUGUUCGUCUUCCACCUCUUUCUCUCCCCUCCAUUUCAAUGGCUUCUUUAACCUCCGUCACCUCAAUUCCUGCUCCUGACGCUGUACAGGUUCUAGUAGCUUCGCUUGCUGAUGAAUCUUCCAUUGUUCGAGAAGCUUCCAUGGCUUCUCUCAAAGACAUUGCCACACUGAAUCCUCUUCUGGUGCUCGAUUGUUGCGCCGCCGUAUCGCGUGGCGGUCGUCGGAGAUUUGGUAAUAUGGCUGGCUUAUUCCAAGUGAUGGCAUUUGGUGUUAAAGCUCUUAAUAAAGAAGAUGCUGAUCAUACUUAUAUGUCGAAGCUUUUGAAGAUUGCGACUUCGGAAAUGAUCUCGUCUAAGGAACUCAAUACAGACUGGCAGAAAGCUGCUUCAGGGUUGCUUGUUUCAAUAGGUUCACAUUUUCCUGAUCUGAUGAUGGAGGAAAUAUAUGCUCAUCUAUCCGGAGCUAGCUCAGCUUUACCAGCUAUGAUUCAGAUACUUGCUGAUUUUGCAGCUGCUGAUGCUUUGCUGUUCACACCACGCUUGAAAGCUGUACUUUCACGAGUUCUUCCCAUUCUUGGUAGUGUAAGAGACAUUCAUCGAUCAGUAUUUGCCAAUGCCUUCAAGUGUUGGUGUCAGGCUAUAUCACAAUACAGCAUUGAGUUUCCCUCUUUUGAAGUGCUUGACGCAGAUGUCAUGUCAUUCUUGAACUCAGCCUUUGAACUUCUCUUAAGAGUUUGGGCAUCUUCGAGGGACUUGAAGGUACGAAUGUCAACUGUGGAAGCUCUAGGUCAGAUGGUUGGUUUGAUCACUAGACCACAACUUAAAACAGCCUUACCUCGACUUAUCCCAACAAUAUUGGACCUGUACAAGAAAGAUCAGGAUGUUGCUUAUGUUGCUACAUGUAGUCUCCAUCAUCUCCUCUAUGCGUCUUUAUUGUCGGAGACUGGCCCUCCGUUACUUGAAUUCGAGGAACUUAUUGUUGUCCUGUCUACACUUCUUCCAGUAGUGCUCAUGAACAAUGACAUCAAAGAUCAGCCAAAAUUUUCUAUUGGGUUGAAGACAUACAAUGAAGUUCAACGUUGCUUUCUCACGGUUGGCAUGGUGUACCCUGAAGAUCUUUUCGUAUUUCUUUUAAAUAAAUGCAGGUUAAAGGAAGAAGCUUUGACUUUUGGGGCACUUUGUGUCUUGAAACACCUAUUGCCCAGAUUGUCCGAGGCUUGGCAUAAUAGCAGGCCUAUGCUUGUUGAUGUAGUAAAAUUGCUGCUCGAUGAACAAAAUCUAGGAGUAAGGAAGGCACUUUCAGAGCUAAUUGUGGUAAUGGCUUCACACUGUUAUUUGAUUGGUCCUUCAGGGGAGUCAUUUGUGGAGUACCUAGUACGUCAUUGUGCUCUUCCAGACCAAGAGAAACAUCAGAUAUCCUCAAGCAGCUCUUAUCAUACUUUAACUUACAGAAGAUUUGAGGCAAAGAAUGGGAUGAUCAGCAUGACAGAGUUGAGAUCAGUCUGUGAAAAAGGCUUACUUCUGUUGACAAUCACAAUCCCUGAGAUGGAGCACAUAUUGUGGCCUUUUCUGUUAAAGUUGAUCAUUCCUCGGGCAUAUACUGGUGCAGUUUCUACGGUUUGUAGAUGCAUUUCAGAAUUAUGCAGGCAUAGAUCUGGAAGUGGCAGCAUGAUGCUGAGCGAGUGUAAAGCUCGCACUGACAUUCCAAGUUCUGAGGAGCUCUUUGGCCGCUUGAUUGUACUUUUGCAUGAUCCCCUGGCAAGGGAGCAGCAAGCUACUCAUAUUCUCUCUGUGCUAAAUUUCUUGGGUCCUCUCUAUCCGAAGAACAUCAGUAUGUUUUGGCAAGAUGAGAUUCCAAAAAUGAAGGCAUAUGUCAGUGAUACAGAAGACCUGAAGCUGGAUCCUUCUUGCCAGGAAACCUGGGAUGACAUGAUUGUUAAUUUUCUUGCAGAAUCUCUGGAUGUGGGUCAGGAUGCUGAUUGGGUACUUGCUCUCGGAGAUGUGUUUGCCAAACAGUAUGAGCUGUAUACACCUGAAGAUGAGCAUUCUGCACUUCUUCACAGAUGCCUUGGUAUGCUGCUUCAGAAAGUUGACGACAAAAGUUAUGUUCGUGAUAAGAUUGACUUGAUGUAUAGACAGGCUAAUAUAGCAGUUCCUACGAAUAGGCUUGGCUUAGCAAAGGGCAUGGGAUUGGUUGCAGCUUCUCACUUGGAUAUGGUCUUGGAAAAGCUGAAGGAAAUUCUUGACAAUGUUGGGCAGAGUGUAUUUCAAAGGUUUCUUUCUUUCUUCACUGAUAGAGCUAAAAUUGAAGAUUCAGAUGAUAUACAUGCGGGUUUGGCUUUAAUGUAUGGAUAUGCAGCAAGAUAUGCUCCGUCAUCUGUUAUCGAAGCACGCAUAGAUGCUCUUGUAGGAACAAAUAUGCUGUCACGCCUGCUUCAUGUCUAUCACCCUGUUGCUAAGCAGGCUGUCAUUACUGCUAUUGAUUUGUUAGGUAAAGCUGUCAUUCAGGCCGGAGAAAGUGGUGCACCAUUCCCGCUUAAAAGAAGGGAUCAGUUGCUCGACUAUAUAUUGACUUUGAUGGGCCAUGACAAUGAAGAUGAAUUUAUUGGUACCAGUGUUGAGAUUCUGCGAACUCAGGCUCUUGCUUUAAGUGCUUGUACUACGCUGGUUUCAGUGGAGCCAAAGUUAACCAUGGAAACUAGAAACCAUGUUUUAAAGGCCGUCCUUGGAUAUUUUGCUUUACCAAGUGAGCCGUCAAAUGUUGUCAAUCCCCUCAUAGACAACCUCAUCACUCUUUUGUGUGCUAUCUUACUCACAAGUGGGGAAGAUGGAAGAAGUAGGGCUGAGCAGCUUUUGCAUAUUCUGAGACAAAUUGAUCCGUAUGUUUCCUCUGCUGCUGAUCAUCAAAGGACGAGAGGCUGCCAAGCUGUACAUGAGAUGCUUGUUAAGUUUCGUAUGCUGUGUACUAGUGGGUUCUGUCCAUUAGGUUGUCAUGGGACAUGUACACACAGCAAGCAUAUUGAUCGUAACACACUUGGGAACUUUCCAAACUUUCCAACUGCUUUUGUACUUCCUAGUCGUGAGGCCUUAUGUCUUGGAGAUAGGGUCAUGUUGUACCUUCCACGAUGUGCUGAUACUAAUCCUGAAGUCAGAAAGUUUUCAUCGCAGAUUAUUGAUCUCUUCUUCAGCAUAUCCCUUUUACUUCCAAGGCCUACAAAUUCCAACUUAAAUGGAAAUAUGGAAAUAUUUUAUGGUGCCUUGUCAUCUUUGGAGGAUGUUAUAGCAAUGUUGAAAAGUGAUGCUUCUAUUGAUCCCUCUGAAGUUUUCAACAGGGUCGUUUCGUCUAUUUGCAUAUUGUUGACAAAGGAUGAGCUUGUUGCUGCAUUGCAUGGUUGCACAACUGCUAUAUGUGACAAAAUCAAGCAAUCAGCUGAAGGUUCUAUCCAGGCCGUGAUUGAAUUUGUAAUGAAGAGGAAGAGUGAGCUCAAUGAAUCUGAUGUUUCAAGGACAACACAAUCCCUUCUCUCUGCGUUAGGUCAUGUGACUGAAAAAUAUUUGCGGCAGGAAACUCUUGGCGCUAUAUCUUCUCUUGCAGAAAACACAAGUUCAAAAGUUGUUUUUAAUGAAGUCUUGGCUACAGCUGGAAGAGAUAUUGUCACAAAAGACAUAUCUAGAUUACGUGGUGGCUGGCCAAUGCAAGAUGCAUUUUGUGCUUUUUCUCAGCAUAGUGUGCUUUCAUAUUUGUUCUUGGAACAUGUCAUAGCAGUCCUAAAUCACACUCCUAUCAAUAGACUUUUACCUGAAAAAGGAGAUGGCUCAAGUCAUGGUGUUAGUCAUUAUUGUGAGAAUGAGAUAUUACAAGCAUCUAUAUUUGCUCUAACAGCCUUCUUCAGGGGUGGUGGGAAAGUUGGAAAGAAGGCUGUUCAACAGAGUUAUGCUUCUGUCCUUGCAGCACUUACUCUGCAGCUUGGGAGCUGUCAUGGUCUUGCUAUUUUAGGUCAACCUGAACCUCUACGAGCUCUGUUGAUUGCAUUUCAAGCAUUCUGUGAAUGCGUGGGAGAUCUUGAAAUGGGAAAGAUCUUAGCAAGAGAUGGAGAGCAUAGUCAAAAUGAGAAGUGGGUGAGUCUUAUUGGAGACAUAGCAAGUUGUGUAUCUAUAAAGAGACCAAAGGAGGUUCCAGCCAUUUGUUCAAUCCUAAGCAUAUCCUUAAAUGAACACCAAAAUUUUCAAAGGGAGGCUGCAGCUGCCUCAUUGUCUGAAUUUGUUCGCUUUAGUGAUGGAUAUGAUUGCUUGUUAGAGCAGAUGGUUGAAACCUUAUGUCGCCAUGUAUCUGAUGACUCUGCAACUAUAAGACGGCUUUGUCUUAGAGGACUCGUUCAGAUGCCUUCUAUUCAUAUUAGCAAAUAUGCGACCCAAGUGCUUGGCGUGAUACUAGCUUUGCUAGAAGAUUCUGAUGAAUUGGUGCAACUUACUGCUGUGUCAUGUUUGAUCAUGGUACUUGACUCAUCACCCCAUGAAGCUGUGGAGCCAGUUCUUCUCAAUCUUGCUGUACGAGUUCGCAACCUUCAAAUAUGCAUGAAUACAAAGAUCAGAGCUAAGUCUAUUGCAGCUUUUGGGGAUCUGAGCAACUUUGCAGCUGGGACACAGCGUGAUGCUUUCUUAGAGCAGGUACAUGCUGUUUUACCACGUCUGGUUUUGCAUCUUCAUGAUGAUGAUGUCAGCAAUCGUGAGGCUUGCAGGAAAUCUCUCAAGCAAAUUGUGUCUUUUAUGGAUGUUCAAGGAACUUCUACUCUUCUGACUACCCAUUAUUUUCAUUCUGAUCAUCGAAGUGACUAUGAAGAUUUUGUCAGGGACUUGACCAAGCAUUUUUCUCAGAAUAUGGCUUCUAGGAUUGGAACUUACUUGGCUUCAGCUAUUCAGGCUUUUGAUGCUCCUUGGCCUAUAAUUCAGGCUAAUGCUAUGUACUUCUGCAGUAGUAUGCUCUCACAGACAGAUGAUCAACGCAUUUUGGCUCUGUAUUACUCGCAGGUAUUUGACAUGCUGGUGAGCAAAAUGAGUCACUCAACUGAUGCUAUUGUCCGAGCAGCAUGUUCCUCAUCAUUGGGAAUCUUGCUUAAAUCUAGCUAUUCACUAUCUUGGAGAUCAGCUCGACUUGACCAGGCAGAGUUAAAUCGAAAAGGCCCUUGAAAAUGUUGUUAUAGUAUCUACAUAUCGAAGAAAUAUUGGGAUAGGCUUGCAAGGUUUUGGACCUUCUUAUAAAUCAAGCACCUUUACAAAGUCGCUCACAAGGGAUGUUUGUACCGCUUUUGUUGGUGAAGCUCAUCUUGCUGCACUUCAACUUUGGAGGAAAAGUAACUCGUGUCUGUAGUCAUGCUCAGUUAAAUUGUUGCCUGUUCUCAUAUAGUGAGCAAAAUGUACAGAAUUUGGUCGCAUAGUAACUACAGAGGAAGGUGGACACACGUAAUUUUGUAAAUGACCAUGUGUACAUUUUUUGGUUAUAGGCAGAGAUUAUGGCUUGGGGUGUAAUCUCUGCUUUCUUUAUGUUCAUAUGAAUCUAUUGAGAGUUGAGUUAUCACAAACAGUGCCCUUCACACUUGUACAGUAAUAGCAAUUAAAACGUUAAAAUUUGCUGUCUGUUGUAUUAGUGCAAUUCAUUGCUGUACAGUGUACACAUAUUCUCCAUUACAAUAUGAUCCUACUUUUUCGCUCC